AGAGAACGAGUGCGAUAGAAGGAGGGAGGAAGAGAGGAAAGACGGGAGAAGAUGCCGCGCAGUUUUGGGGAGUGCAUACGUGUCUUUCUGGAUGCUUGUUUUGAUGGAUGAUGCGUUUGGACUUGUGAAAUGUGGUGACUGUCUGGAGGGCAGUGUGCUGUCUGACUGACUCCAACAUCGGAUGCUCCGAUGCUGAGAACAAGCAAACUGAUCUCCAUGUGAAGCUAUCCCAUGAUGCAACAUGUGUCCCCAGCACCAGCAUUGACCAUGAUGGCCACACAGAGUGUCCCUCCACCAUCGUACCAGGAGAGCCAACAGAUGACAGGCACUACGCAGCAAAACUCAAAGGCCCAGCAUGUCCACCUCUCUGCAGCCUCAGCAGCCGGGGCCACACAGGUCAGCGUGACCCUUGACCCCCAAGCCCAGCUGGAGUCAGAUAAACGAGCCGUUUACAGGCAUCCUCUUUUUCCUCUUCUGGCGUUGCUGUUUGAGAAGUGUGAACAAGCCACGCAGGGAUCAGAAUGCAUCACCUCCGCCAGCUUUGACGUUGACAUAGAGAACUUCGUCCACCAGCAAGAGCAGGAUCACAAGCCUUUCUUCAGCGAGGACCCUGAACUAGACAACCUGAUGGUGAAGGCGAUCCAGGUGUUGCGGAUCCACCUGCUGGAGCUGGAGAAGGUGAACGAGCUCUGUAAAGACUUCUGCAACCGUUACAUCACCUGCCUCAAGACCAAGAUGCACAGUGACAAUCUGCUACGGAACGACCUGGACGGCCCAUAUUCACCAUCACAGACCAACCUCGGCCUGCAGCAGGAUCUGCUUCAGAGCACAUCCCCAUCGCUCACCUCUGUUUCCAGCAUGGUAACCCCCUCUGGGAUUGUGGUCCCUGCCGGUUCACUGCAACAGAACAAUGUUGCCAUGACCACUAUCAACUCUCAGGUGGUGUCAGGUGGGACGCUGUAUCAACCGGUGACAAUGGUUACCUCACAUGGGCAGGUGUUGACCCAGGGGUUACCACAGGGAACCAUCCAAAUCCAAAACAAUCAGGUGAACCUGGACUUGUCCUCUCUCUUGGACGGCGAUGACAAGAAAUCAAAAAACAAAAGAGGCGUCCUUCCCAAACAUGCCACAAAUAUUAUGCGUUCCUGGCUCUUCCAGCAUCUCAUGCAUCCUUAUCCUACAGAAGACGAGAAGAGACAGAUUGCAGCACAAACAAAUCUUACUUUAUUACAGGUGAACAACUGGUUUAUCAAUGCCCGCAGGCGUAUACUGCAGCCCAUGCUGGAUGCCAGUAAUCCUGACCCCGCUCCCAAAGCCAAGAAGAUGAAAUCUCAGCACAGACCCACACAGCGCUUCUGGCCCGACUCCAUUGUGGCUGGAGUCCUGCAGACACACGGUUCCCACUCCACAAACAAUUCAGACAAUUCUCUGGGCAUGGACGGCCUGCAGUCUCUGUCCUCAGACUCUGCCACACUGGUGAUGCGGCAAGCCAUGCUGGGAGGAACUGAGGAUUCCAUGGACGGCACAGAGGAGGAGGACGAUGAAGAGGACGAAGAGGAGGGAGUCGACGAGGAGGAAGAUGAAGAAGAGGAUGAAGAAAGCCAGGCAGGCAGACAGAUGUCUCGGAGAGAUCUGGGCCUCAACCACAACGAAGGACUUGAAUAAAGCAUCAGAUCGACGAAAAUGACAAAAUUUGACUUAACUCCUACUCCUCCCCACGACAACACAUCUCAACACCACCUGAAGGUUUCCAGUGGACACUAAGUGCCAUGGAGCAUCCAAUGAGAAUGAAGAAGCCGGGCCUGUUAGGGAC